AUGGGCAGCGCCAUGGACCCCUCCGGAGGUGCCUACCUGCACCUGGGUGCGGUGAUGUCCCCGGUGGGCACCGCCCGCGUGCUGCAGCUGGCUUUUGGCUGCACGACUUUUAGCCUGGUGGCCCACAGGGGCGGUUUUGCGGGGGUCCAGGGUACCUUCUGCAUGGCUUCCUGGGGCUUCUGCUUUGCCCUCUCCGUCCUGAUUGUGGCCUUUGAGUUCACGAAGCUCCAUGGCUGCCUGCGUCUCUCCUGGGGCAACUUCACAGCAGCCUUUGCCAUGCUGGCCACGCUGCUCUCGGCCACAGCCGCUGUCAUCUACCCGCUGUACUUCACCCGGCUGGAAUGCCCACCCGAGCCCGCCGGCUGCACGGCCAGGAACUUCCGCCUGGCCGCCAGUGUCUUUGCUGGACUCCUCUUCCUGGCCUAUGCUGCGGAGGUAGCCCUAACACGAGCCAGGCCUGGCCAGGUAGCCAGCUACAUGGCCACCGUAUCUGGGCUCCUGAAGAUAGUCCAGGCCUUUGUGGCCUGCAUCAUCUUUGGGGCCCUGGUCUAUGACAGCCGCUACGGGCGCUACGUGGCCACCCAGUGGUGUGUGGCUGUGUACAGCCUGUGCUUCCUGGCCACAGUGGCUGUGGUGGUCCUGAGCGUGUUGGGCCAUACAGGGGGCCUGGGCUGCCCAUUCGAUCGCCUAGUGGUGGUGUACACCUUCCUGGCCGUUCUCCUCUACCUCAGCGCUGCCGUCAUCUGGCCCGUCUUCUGUUUUGACCCCAAGUACGGGGAACCCGCACGGCCCCUCCACUGCCCCCAGGGCAGCUGCCCCUGGGACAGCCAGUUGGUGGUAGCCAUUUUCACGUACGUCAACUUGCUUCUCUACAUCGUUGAUCUUGCCUACUCCCAGAGGAUCCGCUUCGUGCCCACCCUGUAG